AUGGCUCAGCGUAACAAGAGCGCCCACGGACUUGGCACGCCUGCACUCAUCUGCCUGCGAGAUGGGCCUGAAAUGAGACCACAGCCGCGGAGUCUACGGCUGCUGUUCCAGAGGAGCCGAGAGGGAACCAUCGCCAGUACAGUGGUAGCAGUUGGACUGACCAUUGCUGCUGCAGGAUUUGCAGCCCAUUACGCUUUGCAAGACCUGAAGCAUAUGGAGCCUCAAGUAAAACAAGUUUUUCAGAGUCUAACGAAAUCUGCCUUCAGUGGUGGCUAUUACAGAGGUGGGUUUGAACCCAAAAUGACAAAACGAGAAGCAGCAUUAAUACUAGGUGUAAGCCCUACUGCCAAUAAGGGAAAUAGAUACGCUCAUUGACGAAUUAUGUUUUUAAAUCACCCAGACAAGGGAGGAUCUCCUUAUAUAGCAGCCAAAAUCAAUGAAGCUAAAGACUUACUAGAAGGUCAAGCUAACAAAUGAAGUAAAUGCAUGAUUAAUUUUAAGUUCUUACUCAUUUAUGUAUAUGAGUACCAGCUUUUUAUAAUAAAAUGCCUCAAAGCUACACA